AUGCGGCAUGUUAACGGUCGUGCAAUCGACCUAUUUAUCACAACCUUGGUACCUGAGACUAUAUUGGCUGAUUUUAGCCAAAGACUGCUGGUACCUAUUUCAAAUGGAAUAGGACGAUGCACAAAAUGUCAAUGGGCAUUUCAAGCAACACACAAUACCAUUUCACGAAAAGCUAGUCAGAAACAUCAAUUGACGCGCCGAAUUCUUCGCCCAUCAGUAUUGACUCGCUUCAGCUCGCUACCGUUUCAGACCACAUAUUUCUCUACCAGUACGCGACGCUUUAUUUCAGCUCUACCGACAAUUCUCGAUGAGAACGAUACGUCAAACGAUCUACCACAAGCACAAAUACAAACACAAAUUCAAAUGCAAUUGCCUUUGAAGAAUGAACCUAAAAAAGGCGAACUAUUGCGCGAGAGUUCUGCGGCAAUAAUAUCGUUUGCUUCACAAGGACGGGUCGAUGAGGCGCUCGCGAGGUACUUCCACCUGCUGGGCAGUGGCGGUUUUCCCAGCCAGGAAGCGCUUUACCAACUCUCCAGGGCACUUUACCGUGCUUCAAAUCUGGCUGGAAUGUAUGCCUUGCAUGAUACCCUCUUACUAUACUAUAAAUCCAAACUACCUUCGAAACGACAAUUGCGUUCGAUGCUGUACAUGUACACGAUGUUGAUCAAUCUGAUCGGCCGCAAAACCAAAAUAACACCAAACGACAUGGAGAGGAUAAAAGAAUUGUGUGGAGAAAUGGAGAGCCUGAACAUAAAAUCGACGGUUGUACUUUACAAUACUCUGAUCAAGAUGUUUGUGACGAUGAAGGAUUGGACGGGUGCUUAUGCGAUAUACGAUGAAUUGCUCCGAAAAAACCUGCGGCCGACUCACUACACGUACAGCAUUUUGAUGCAGGCAUCUGCGCAACAACGUGAUCUUGAGAAGAUUAGUGAACUCAUGGAUGCCAUGGAGGAGCACCAAGUCUUGCCCGAUAGAGCUAUUGUCAGUAUACUAGUCGGUGUGUUGUGCAAUAUCCGAGAGUUCGAUUCCGCUCUAGAGCUUUCAGAGCAAGCAUUCAAUCUUAUGCAGAGUACAGAGAUGGGGGCUAAAUUUUGGAAUCACCUAAAGGUCUCUAUUGUGAGCAAAAAGCACAAUUUUACUUUGAAGAAACGCAAGCGCUACAUGUUGAAGAAAGCAAAGAAGCGCGCACUAAAGGAUCUUUAA